AUGUGGGAGCGCCUCAACCUGCAAAAGAUUGGCUCGUGGUUGAAGAAGGAAGAGCAGGAGCCGCCACCACCAUCGCCCGUCAAGGCGGAGAAGAAGGCUGAGGACGGCAACAAGGAGAAUGCCAGGCCGCACUCGAGUGGCGGGCUGUUGAGCAGGCGAGGCAGCAGGAAGAGCGAGAAGCGAGAUAAGCUGCUCGAGGUGCCCAACGAAGGCGAACAGCGACGAGCCGCCUCGGUCGACCUUGACACGCUGACGCGGCCACGAGAUAUCCCCAAAUCAAAGCGAGAACUCUCUCCGCCGCCACAAUCGGUCCCGUCCGUGUCUGCGCCCGACCUCCUCAGUCCACGCGAAGCCAGUGCCCCAAGGGAGCCGCCACCAGAGCCGGAACCCAAGGUGGAGCGCAAAAUGGAACGCGACGAGGAGCGCACCAUAGGCGGAGGGCCAGAUUCCAAUAUACCCGCAGGCGCGCGCCAGGUCGACUACGGCAUUGAAGAGUCGGAAGAAGACUACAUGUGUGCAGGCAUCAUGGACAUGGAAAUGCCCAUGGAACUGCCACCGCCUCCGCCUCCGCCGCAGCUAGAAGUGGCAGAAGCCUUUUCCGAGCACGGCUCACAUCACUCGGGUGAAGACAUUGACCAUGACCGGUUGCAGGAGGAGCUCGAGGCAAAGUGGAUCCUGAACCUCAGCAUGCACUUCCGCGACAUGUCGGACCGCGAAAAGUUCUUUGUCACAUUUGCUGAAGAGCCAAACAGGUGGCGGAGAGUGACCGUGUCUUGCGACUACCGCCAUCUGGAGCCAGACUCGCUCGAGGCCGAUCUCAAGACGCUCCACUACCAACGCGACAAGAGCUCCCGCAUCUACGAAGCCAUCCGUGACUCGCUCCCGGCCAUUCAGUUCUAUGACACCGUGACGAACCUCAAGCUGGAGACUGCAGAUGGUCGCCUCCAUGUCCAUGUGACUGAAGAUCGCUUCCGCGAGAACGCCGUAUCUUUUGACUCGCAUAUUUCUGGCUUUGUGUACAAGGUUUCUGUCAACAACAGGACGUAUAUCAAAAAGGAGAUACCCGGUCCGGACGCCGUUGAGGAGUUUUUGUAUGAGAUCAAUGCUCUGGUCAGCCUGCAAGAGUCCAAAUCUGUGAUUAGAUUUGAAGGUGUCAUUGUUGAUGAGCAGAAUGAGCUCAUCAAGGGGUUGCUGAUUAGCUAUGCUGAGCAAGGCGCGCUGGUAGACAUGAUCUAUGACUUCAAGCCAACCGGACAGCUAUAUUGGGCACGCCGCGAGCGGUGGGCACGACAAAUCAUCGAAGGUCUUUCUGAGAUCCAUGAAGCUGGAUUUGUACAGGGCGACUUUACGCUAUCAAACAUUGUUAUUGACAAUGACGACAAUGCCAAGAUUAUCGACAUUAACCGUCGGGGAUGCCCUGUCGGCUGGGAACCCCCGGAACUGGCCAAGCUCAUCGAGAGCGGCCAGCGUAUAUCAAUAUACAUAGGAGUCAAGUCAGAUCUCUACCAGCUUGGUAUGGUUCUGUGGGCGCUAGCAGAACAGCAGGAUGAACCGGAGCGCCAACCACGACCACUUGUUCGAUCUCUCGACCGCCCGGGAACUGACGUCCCAGUAUACUUCCGCGACAUCAUCAGAGCAUGUUUGAGUGAUACACCGCGAGCACGGCCAUCCGCAACAACUCUUCUCAAAUGGUUCCCUGAGGAUAUGGAUUACGAAUUCAAGCCCAAGGCCGCUGUAAGAGAUAGCGUUUCCACACAUCGGAGCGACAAGGAGUAUAUUGAUCCUCGGACAGCCGUGGAUCUGGAGGAUAUAUCACAUCACCGUCGCCAUUCGAGACAGCAAUCAUCGUUUGAAGAGAUUCACGUAGCGCGCACCGAAUACCCCGCAUCCUCCGGCUCCUACAUCAUACCGAACAACCACCAUGAACGCGGACGCUCGCCAGGUCCUUUGGGCAUGAGUGAUAGAAAUAGGCGGAGUGACUGUUCGCCCUACCCUGGUCACCGAUCUGUAAUGUCUCUUGAUGAUUCGGAACUCGAGAACGAGCUUGCAAGUCUGCCAGCUAGCAGGGAGACUAGGUGGGAGCAGGUGUAUGUUGAUGGGGACACCAAGCUGGUCCAGAGAGGUUGCGACAUUGAUGUCCGUGAUUUCGGGAAUCAAGAAGUGAAAGACAUUUGCAUCACAAGUCCGCCAAGCGACAUGGACAACUCGUUUCUGGGAAGCAAGCCAUCUGAUGAUGCGCCGCUGGGCUUGUCGAUGCCUGGUGGUCUUCAACCUAUCGAGCCGCCAUCUUUACCAAACAGCUUGCAGGAACCAUCUGAAAGGGGCAACUCCCGGGACGUGGAUACCAAGGCCAGUUUCAGUGAUCGCGUACAUCACCUUGCGCAAACGCAGCCACCUCCACCGCCGCCGCAACGUCGGGAAGAACCGGAACGAAUCGAGACUCCAGACUACUACUACGACAGUCAGCAGCCCCAUAUGCCCGAACCAGCGGAAUUAGCUAAUCUCGAAUACGACGUGGCGGUGGACUCUUCUGCGACGAGCACUAAUCCACCAUCACGAGGGUAUCGCAUGCCUCCACAUCAAGAUUCCGGCUUUGGAGAACCCGAACGCGUUUCGUAUGAAAGCGAGCGCAGUCUCGACGAAAGUAUCAAAGACUUUUCUCUUUCACCAGAGGAAGAUCCGAGGAUAGACGAGCGGCUUUGGGACGAGAAGGAUGGUACAAUGUUUGGUGAGAGUAUCAAUGGCAAGCUGGAAAGCAAGACCGAGCCAAUACCCAUCUUCACCCUACCCGCAACGCCAAGGAAGACAGAGGGACAAUCUACCAGCUCGAUGCUUCCACUGCCAUUACCCAGCGUAGGUCCGACAAACGUACUCAGUGUAACCGACGUAGAAAACAAGGGGCUAGAAGAGAAGAACUCCGAUACCACGAUCCGACCGCGCAGCAUCCUCAUCCCCGACACCACCCAAACGAUCCCAAAAGCCGUCGACUCCAUGGACGUGGUCACACCCACCGACCCCGUCCCCUCACCCAAACAAACCAAGUCAACCACCUCCUCCACUACCACGACGCCGAAACCGAAACCAAAAUCCAGCUCACCACCCGUGAGAAAACCAACAUCACCCUCGAAAGACGCCUUGCGCAAGCACACCGUCCCCACCUCCUCCACACGAGCUAAAAAAGCAGCCCGCGACCCCUUUAGUGGGAAUAUAAACAUGAAUGGAAAUGCGAAGAAGGAGAAAGAGAAGGAGACACAUAAAGAGAAAGAGGGGGGUAAGAACAUGAAUGGGAACAGCAUGAACGGCAAUACGAAUGGAAAUGCGAACGGGAUCAACGGGAUGAAGAGCUCGGAAAAGAAGAACGAGGACAGGGCGGAGAAAAAGACUGACGAUAAGACGGAGAAGAAGACUGGUACGAUGACCGGUUCGCGAGGACCAAAAAGUUGA